UUUCAGGACUGGGAAUAUUUGAAAUUCCAUUUCCUGCUUGCUCUGCAUGGAGAGCUCCCCUAGCAACUGCCCAGCUGAGCAGGCCGGCUCCAGACUCCCAACACUCUGCAGCCUGCACUGCACAGGAGGUGGAUCUCCUGGGUCUGGGGAGAAGAGGCUGUGCAGGCCCGGCUCCGAUCCAGCUGUAGAAAUGUGGGUGUCUAUGAGCAGAUGGCUCGGAGCGUGUGGGAGAAGGGCUACAAGAGGCUCCCGCAGCCCUGCCCGGUGAAAGCCACGGAGCUGCGCCAGGCGGCGAGGGAGGGAAGCAGUCGCUCUGAUGCCGCUUUUACAAGGAGCUGCACGUUAUCCUCUGCGGUGAUGCCAUGCCACCCCCAAGCCCCAUGGAUACUGGAGGGGUUGGACUCAUGGGCCACCACAGGCAACACUGAGGAUGAGAAUGGGAGACAGGCAAGCAGAGGAUCGAUUGUCAGAUUCAGGGCUUAUAUUCAGCUGGAGCUGUCUGGACAGAGCUCUGGUAAAUAUUUGCUGCUUGGGCCACAGCCUGUCUCCAUGCGCAUUCCCACACCUUGCCCUCUCUGUCUACUUCCCUUUCUAUUAACCAUGCUAAAUUAAGGGGCUUUCCAUGGGUAGUGGAUAGAGAUUUAAGGUCUGAAUUCUUAGUGGCACAGUCUUGCCAAUCCCAAACUUUUAAAAAUCAUGAGUCAGGACCCCCACAAUGAUGUGAUGCCUUUUGUGAGAGAUAAAAAUAAUAAUAAAUGCUGAGUUCUUUCAAUUUGCCUUCUGGUUUCUCAGACCUUUAGGCUACACUCAGAUCACAUUUAUAAGUUUUUCUCUGCACCCAAGAGAGCUAGAAACUUCCUUUGUUAGGAAAGGAAAGCCAAGAGUCUCACCUCAUCCCAUGCUUCCAGGAGCUGGGGUUUUAACAAACGCACCAAAUAUCAUCAGGCUCAUUAUAAUAUCAUGACUGUUGGUGAUACUGCGGCCCCUUUACACUGAGCCACAGCAGCGUUAGUGUACAUGAGAAUCAGGCCUUUGAAACAUCGAUUCCAGCUAAACCAAGUUUUUGGCCGUGAAUUUAAAAUGACUCGAUUUGGAAGGAUUAGAUUAUAUCAAUAGGUGUCUUUAAUCGUUGAUUUCACUUUGUACACACAAACUGAUGAAAAAAUAUUUCCAUUGAUAACUUAAAUUUACAAAUAGGCACAGUAAGAAAAAUGCGGCAUGAGAACUUCUUAGAGUUUGAUUGAAGGAUGUUUUCUUGGUAUAUGUUGAAAUGUGGUGCUGACAAUUUGUGUUUUAAUGGUUACAAAGUUUGAACUUUUUGAAUCUCAGUAUUGACUGUCAUUAAAUAAUUAUUGCACGACCAAAAUAUUCUCUGACCCCCCCUAUAAAUUCCCACAGCUGUGAACAUUUAAAUUGAUCAAAACUGUGCAACUGUGAAAGUUGAAAUAGAUAAAUAUAAAAAAUAUUUAAUAAAUUUUAUCUGUCAAAAUUUUAUAUUAAAUAAAAUGAACUCUGCCCAAGCCUAAAUAUCACUCCUCAGACACACAGUUCUGCAAGCUCAUCAGGACGGGGGAUGGAUUCUGAUGUCCUCCAUGGGAAGCCCCAGUGACCCUCCACACCAGCACAGGGGGCUGAUUGCAGGACCAGAGCCCUAGUAGGGUACAUUUUUCAUGAAAGCCUCCAGGGGGGUAAUGUUUACCAAUUGGAAGUUGGCUCUUUCCAAUUCAGUAAACAGAGUGAGUCAGUUCCAGGAAGGGAAACACCCCCUUGCUGCUGCAGGUGGGGCAUAGUGUGAACUCAGGAAAUUGAAACUUACCUGUUACACUGCCCAGAGGGAGCCAUGGCUGCAGAGAACCCCGUGGAAAGUCUCCAGGAGGAAGCUACAUGUCCCGUCUGUCUGGAGUAUUUCACAAAACCUGUCACUCUGGAGUGUGGGCACAAUUUCUGCCGAGCCUGCAUCGCCCAGUGCUGGGAGGGAUCCGAUACAGCCGCCUCCUGCCCUCAGUGCAGAGAAACUGUGCAACAGAGAAACCUCAGGCCCAACAGGCAGCUGGCAAAUGUUGUAGAAAUAGCCAAACGGCUGAGUUUACAGGCAGCAAAGGGAAGAGAAGGGGAAGGGGUGUGUGAGAGACACCAGGAGGCUCUGAAACUGUUCUGUGAAGAGGAUCAAGCCCCCAUCUGUAUGAUCUGCCGAGAGUCCCAGGCUCACAGAGCUCACACGGUGGUUCCCAUAGAGGAGGCUGUCCAGGAGUACAAGGAAAAAAUCCAGGCCCAUUUGAAAACUCUGAGGGAAGAGCAAAAAAAGCUGCUGGGAUUUAAAGUGUCUGGAGCGGGGAAAAGCCGGGAGCAUCUGAGGCAAAUACAAACCGAGAGGCAAAAGAUUGUGUCUGAAUUUCAGCAACUACGGCAGUUCCUGGAGGAACAAGAGCGACUCCUGCUGGCCCAGCUGGAGAUGCUGGACAAGGAGAUUGUGAGGAUCCAGAAUGAAAAUUUCAGUGAACGCUCAGAGAUUUCCCGUCUGAAUGAGCUGAUCAGUGAGCUGGAGGGGAAGUGUCAGAAGCCAGCGAGUGAAUUCCUGCAGGACGUCAGAAGCACCUUGAGCAGGUGUGAGAAGUGGAAGUUCCAGCAGGCAGAGGAGAUUUCUGCUGAACUGGAAGAACGAGUCCGUGGUUUCUCCCAGAAAACGAUUGUGCUAAUGGAGGCUCUGAGGAAGUUCAAAGACACUCUGCCGUCUGCACUGGAGGGAACAAGAGGGAAAUACCUACGAGGACACAGACAGGCGAAUGUGACUCUGGAUCCAGACACGGCUCAUCCCAAUCUCGUCCUGUCUGAGGAUUGGAAAAGUGUGAGAUGGGGAGACACACGGCAGCAUCUGCCUGACAACCCUGAGAGAUUUGACACUGAGCCCUGGGUACUGGGCUGUGAGGGAUUCACCUCUGGGAGACCUUGCUGGGAGGUGGAGGUAGGGGCUGGGCGAUACUGGGCUGUCGGGGUCGCCAGAGAGUCUGUGGGGAGGAAGGGACGGAUCAGCCUUAGCCCUGAGGGGGGGAUCUGGGCUGUGGAGCAGUGGCUGGGUCAGUUCCGGGCUCUCAGCUCCCCUGUGACCCUCCUGCCCCUGACCAUCGAUCGGUCGGACGGCCGUGUCUCCCCUGAUUUAUUUCCUGACAUCUCAGAGUAA